ACCGAUAGCGAGCAAACGCAGUUUAGUUUUCCUUUGGCUUCGUGGUCGCGAGCUAGGAUUUAAGGAGCCUCCCGAGGAUUGCGAUCAUGAGGAUUACUCUGGUACUUUCAUUAUUCCUGGCAGUCAGUGCAGCAAUUACUGUUGUUGACAAGCAUGAGAAGGCCAAAUCUUUUGCAUCGAGAAAACAUGACAAAAGAGGACUCGUAAACUUGGAGUAUGGUGUACCUGAACAUGUGUUUGGUCCUCAAGAACCGGCACCUGUUAUCGAGUCUUCUGUUCCGGAAAUAGGUGGACAUUUGGAAUCAGUGAUAGCACCAGUGCCUCCUCCUCUACCGCCAGCUAUACCGCCAGCAGCUCCUGCGGUUCCAGUACCGGUGCCACAGCCAGUUCCACACCCUUUCCCAGUGGCAGUGCCUCAGCCAGUGCCACAUCUGGUCCCAGUUCCCGUGACGAGACACGUGCCAGUGCCUGUACCAGUGGAUCGUGCGGUUCCAGUGCCUGUGGAUCGUCCUGUUCCUGUGCCAGUAGCCGUUCCAGUCCCAAAACCGUAUCCGGUGCACGUGGAGAAGAUCGUGCACGUUGACAGACCGGUGCCAGUGCCAUUCGAAAGACCAGUCCACGUGUCAGUGGAUCGGCCAGUAGCUGUUCCCGUUCCGGUACCGAAACCAUAUCCGGUUCCUUUUGAGAAGGUGGUCCACGUGGACAGACCUUAUCCUGUUCAUGUAGCAGUACCGUAUCACGUUCCCAAACCUUACCCUGUACCCGUUGCCAUUCAUGCUCACAAAGCACACGGCUGGUUUAAGUAGGAUUAGCUUUCUUUAAAUAGGGAUGUUUUUUGCUGGUUUUCGAGAUUAGGAUUGGCUGAUGAUUGAGAAGUUUGGGGUUCAUUUCAUUUGUAUUUGUUAUGGUAAAAAUUACAUUUGCAUGAAAAUCGCAUGAAAUGUCUGUAAAAAAAUACUACUACUUGUUAAAAUUGGAGUAAUUUUUAAUGAAAAUUACAAACCAGUUAUUUUGACUGCGUUAAAUCCAAACUGAUAUCAUUGAAUUAUACAAUUGUAAUAGGUAUGCAUAUGAAGUAGACUGAUUUUUAUACAAACUGAUGAGUUUUGAGAAUAAAGAGAUAAAAAAUAUAAUAAAAAAAGACAUUCCCUUAAAUGCGUGAAAAUUCACAGUCUAAAUAUAUAUAAAUGACAUUACUCUGUUUAAAUUAUUUAAUUUUAUUUU